GCGCGUGCGCGAAGCAUGGCGGAGAGCGGCGCCUGGCUGCUAGUGCUGAGCGCCGUGUUCCUCUGCAACGCGCUCAAGAUCCUGCUGCCCUCCUGCUCCUCCAUCGUGAGUGACGUCAGCGCCGCGCCCCGCUCCGCCUGGCGGCCAUAUCCAAGCUGUUGCAAAAGGAUGCGGAGCAGGAAUCCCAAAUGAGAGCUGAAAUUCAGAACAUGAAGCAAGAACUCUCAACCAUCAGUAUGAUGGAUGAGUUUGCUAGAUAUGCCCGUCUGGAAAGAAAGAUUAACAAAAUGACUGACAAGCUUAAGACUCACGUGAAAGCACGAACUGCCCAAUUAGCCAAAAUAAAGUGGGUUAUAAAUAUUGUAUUCUACAUCUUGCAAGCUGCCCUGAUGAUCUCUCUCAUUUGGAAAUAUUAUUCUGAGCCAGUUACAGUUCUUCCAAGCAAAUGGCUUGCACCAUUGGAGCGCUUGGUAGCCUUUCCUACAGGUGUGGCAGGUGGUGUUGGAAUUACAUGUUGGCUUGUGGUUUGUAAUAAAGUUGUAGCUAUCAUGCUACACCCUUUCAGCUGAAGAAAUCCCUGUAGUAUAUGGAGUCUAAACUACACUACCACAGUACAAAAAACACUUGUCUUUCAUGACGGACCAGGUUGGAGACACUUUUUGUUACUUUAGUUGGAUGUUGGGCAGUAUUGAUUUUACUCUUUCAUCUAUUUGUUCCUUGGUUUUAUGAUCAGCAGUUUUCAGAGAGCAGCAUUGCUAUUUAUAAAACCUCAUUUUGACACGUAAACAUUGAUUGGUGGCAGAACCUUAAGACUUUGUCAUGACAUACUCACAAAGGUCUUAAAGUGUUCUCUUUUUUCAACUGUUAAGUUGGAAAUGCACUGGCAUUAGUAAUUAUUUUUUGGAGCUUUGCUCUUUUGCUCUUAGUAUGGCAUUUUCACCCAAAGAUGUGAUUCCACUUGGUGACAAGUGGUAUUAAAUCAAGAUAGGUAGUUUGGUUGUUUUAGAGUAAAACAGAAUUAAUUUCCUUUUUUAACUAUAGAUUGGGUUAUUCUCAGACUAUCUUAGAAAAUAUCAGUGAUAUAUAUGGAGAACCAACUUCUUGUAUCUGAAGUGAAUUUCUCAAUUGCCAAAUGCAGGUCAGCUGGCCACUUCCACACUUUUUUUAAAUUCCUCAUGGAAGAAAAUUUUUUUUUAAUUCCUUGUGGAAUUAUUGAACACUUUUUUUUUUUAAUUUAUUUAUUUCCCCACUACUUUUACUGAUAACUGACCUUUCUUUCCUUGACAUAUUUUCUACUUCUCAAACUGAGCAAAUGUUGCUAAAAGCAUUUCCUUCCAUGUUUUGGGAAAAAAGGUCCAAUCAACCUUUCCAAGCUCCAUGUUAGGAAAGCAGAAGACAGCUCUGUUGCUGCAGAAAACGACAUCCCUAAAGCUUCAGCAUACGUUAAUGAUAGUAAUUCUUCCUAGUACCGCAGCUCUACAACAACAAAAAAGCUGUGUUAACUUCUGUGCUACCUGCAACCCUACCAUUGCUGUCCCAGCAGACAAAGCAGUGGAUUUAAAAAGUUCUAUAAUACCUCCUUGGACGUAGGGUUGAACAAAGCUUUUGCAGAUUUUGGCUUAGCUCAUGCUCCAUACAGUGUUGUGUUGUUUCAGGUCUUUUGCCCUGCUGCAGGAGGGUGCUGGAGUGCGUCCAUAUAAUUAGCACUGAUUUCAGAAUUAAUUCAAAAAAUGACACAUUUUCUGCAUGUCUGUGUGUAUGUAUUCAUUAAAUGUUGUUUUCUUAAAUGUUAUUUAAAAACUAAGUUGUUUUUAUCUUAGGGAUUGCAUUUAGCCAACAGUAAAGUGAAGGUAUUAAAUAUCAACAAGAAAAAAAGUCAAGAUUGAAUCUGUUACAUGUAAUUGUGUUUUUAUUUGUGAAAUAAAGUUUUACAGCC